AGGACUGUUUUUCUCUUGGUACAAAGGCAUCAUUGAAUGCUUUGUCCUGGUCAGAAUUCAGAGAGCAACAAACAAACAAGCAACCUCGUAGUGUUAAAUCUAGACCAUUAUGCGACUCCUGCAUUAUGUCUCGUUCAUGCAGCUCUAGCUUGUCCUGGUAUUUCCUCAGCUUUUUGCUGGCUAUCAACUCACACCAUGCCUGGUCCGCUCCGGAUUUCUUGGAUUUCCUCCACACUGUGUUGAAGAACCACACAGCCCACGCAUGUGAGGGAGAGAUGCUGACCAUCGGGUGUCCCUCGAAAACCUCAGUGGCUGUUUUGUCUGCAUUCUAUGGACGGCGAAUACCAAGUCAGCAUUUAUGCCCCAACGCAAACGUAAAUGUCACAGAGGAAAGCACAGAAUGCAUGUCCACCAUCGCCAUGCAGAAAGUGGUGUCUGAGUGCCAGGAUCGAAGGGCAUGUCAGAUUCCUGUGGUGAGUCCAGUGUUUGGAAAAGAUCCCUGCCCUGAAACCAGCAAGUAUCUCCUGGUUUCCUACAAGUGUCGGCCCGCACAUCACCGCUUGCGGACAGUGUGUGAGAACGAGAAGCUGAGGCUCGCCUGUAAGAACGACACUGUGCUGGCCAUCUACUCUGCCACGUUUGGCCACCUGAAGCAUGACACCCCAAUAUGCUCUGAAGACUCGCACCUCAAGCCUGACAUAGAGUGCUUGUCUCCAUCAGCCUUGAGAAGAGUAUCACGGAAAUGCCAUGGCAGGACAAACUGCACUGUGCUGGCCAGUGUGCAGAGUUUUGGUGACCCCUGCUUCCCUGGAACCAGCAAACAUCUGCGUGUGUCUUUCACAUGUGUUCCUAGGUAUUUGCUGGAAGAUAUGGGACGUGGAGAAGCAGAUCCUUUCCGAAUCUCGGAUUAUACACAUGGUGGCUGGUACACUGGCCCUGGUGUGUACAGACCACAAAACAUUUUCACCAACACUAUGGAAAUCUUUUUCCAGAUCCAGGGUCUUCCAGAGACAGUGGCUCUGUACUUUGUCUCAGGCAUAUGUGCUGGUUUGGUCUUCCUGCUGUGUCUGUUUGGUGUGAAAUCUACCCUUGUGCGGGACGUGAAGGGCCUGGUAUCGGAUAUAGAGGAUGAGAUUAAGACUGCACGCAGAUCACGCCGUGGGCUGAUCAAUGAUGACAAUAUCUCCUUAGAUUCUUCCUUUCCUCCCAUUACGCACCCUUACCGUGGAGCUGACAUGUUCAACCCAGACAUGAUCAUGACAGUGGUCAUGGAGGAGAAGAGAGAUGAGGACAGGGACAAAGCAGAGGUUACAAAUGGAGACAUCUGGCCACACUGCAAUUUCAACCCUUAUGCCAUCCAUAAGACCAAGCUUUCAUCUGCCUGACUUCAGAAAUGCACACACCAGUUAUGGCCUUGCUUAUUGUGCUAAAGAUUUGAACAAACACAGUGAGAUGUUUAUUCAUGUGUGUUGAUUUCUUGUUGAUUUCUAGUGAAUUCAGUCGCUUUAACACUCAUCUAUAUUAAUUAACGCAAUAAAAUGAUAUUCUCCUGCAUUUAUUCCACUACUUUGUCAAGUCUAGCAUGAUUAAUAAUUGUUACCUAUAACAAACACCUUAUUAAAAUAUCAAGUAUAUACAAUAUUUCUGUUACUUUUGUGUCUAUAACUUUCUACUGGAUCUUUUCUAUUGGGAUACAAAUGUUUAUUUAUUUGUGAGAAUUUUUGUACCUUUAUGUUUACUUUUUUUUGUACUUUUAAUG